CGGAAGUGUCACCAUUUUGUGUUGCACCAGUUGUCGCCAUGUUCAAAAUGGCCAAGCUUUAUUGAGCGUCGCGGAUUUGUCCAACAAUGGUGUUUAAAUAAAGAAACGGAUCAUUUGAAUAAUUCCAGACAAGCGGCAUGAUUGAGCUUCCCAACUACAGCAGUCAGCUGAUGCAGCAACUGUGUGCCCUGAGGAAGGAGGGCCACUUUUGUGACUGCACCAUUCUUGUGGGGGACAACCCCCACCGUGCACAUAAACUGGUGCUGGCCGCUUCCAGCAUGCUGUUCAGGUCACUGCUGGACAGUUCCGAUACCGUCUCCAUUGACACGACGGUGGUGUCCUCGCAGGAGUUUGUGUGUCUUCUCGACAUGGUCUACACGGGGAAGCUACCUUUUGGGAAGCAUAACGUCAGCCGCAUCAUCGCCGCCGCAGACAGCCUGCAGAUGUUUGACGUGGCUGUGAGCUUUAAAAAUGUCCUCACCAACAUCAUCAACCAGCAGCAGCCGGCGUCAUCCAACUCUACACAGAUCACGGCGCACCCCAAACAUCCUCACGCUUCACCUGCGCCUGCUGCGGAUGAGACACCCGAGGGUGGGAUGGAGGUGAAGCAUCAGUCAGCAGAGGAAGAGGAAAAUGAAAAAGCAGAGGAACCCGAGUGUAAAAGAGUCCGUCAGGACCUUUCAGAAACCUCAGGACCCGAGGACAGCAAAGCCACAGAGAGCGUUGAGCCGGAAGAAAACAUAACCGCGACCGAGGAUACCACCGAGGCCGCACCUGCACGUCUGGAGCGCUCCUCUCAGCUGAUGGAGCUCCUCGCCAACGUGCCAGAUGUUCUUCAACUGCUGAGCCAAGCAGCUCAAGGCGGUCUGGACCAAGAGGAGAGACAGGUCGUGACUACGUGCUGUGAAGACUCGGAUCCCAACUCAGCGGUGAAGAAGCUGAAGAGCCAAGUGGAGAAGGGACUCGUCGGCGAGGAAGCUCUCCUGAAGCUGCUCCGUUGCGUCCGACAGAACGCUCCGUCUUCCUUCCCAGCGCCGCUGCUCUCCCGGCUGGAGGACUUGGAUAAAGUCACUGAAGAAGAGCCUGGCGGGGGACAAAAUGGAGUUAACCCGGAACAGGACACCAGGAGUGAAGUCAAGAUGGAGGAAAGCAGUAAACAGAACCCGGACGAGGAGGAGGAGGAGGAGGAAGUGGAGGAGACAGACGCGGACUCGCCGUGUCCCUCCAAGGCGUACUGCUGUCACUGGUGUAAGAAGAUCUUCGCCUACAAGUGUCGCCUAGCGGCGCACAAGAGGCGCUGCCCCAUGUCGGACGAGUGUCAGCUGCCGUGUCCGCACUGCUCCGAGAAGCUAGCCAACCAGCGCGCCCUGCAGCGCCACCUCACCGAGGCUCACCCCGGCAGCGCGGGAGCCAAGAAGAAGAAGAAAAUAUCCUGUGAUCUCUGCGGGCGCACCUUUGCGCACCCGUCAGGUAUGAUUUACCACAAGCGAACGGAACACUUUGACGAGAAACCGUUUGCGUGCGAGACGUGCGGCGCCAAGUUUUCCGCCACCUCGUCGCUGAAGAACCACAUGCGACUCCACACGGGCGAAAAACCCUUCCGCUGUAAACACUGCGACAUGAGCUUCAGCGUGUCUGCCGCGCUGGCGUACCACACCAAGAAGAAACACUCCGAGGGUAAGAUGUACGUGUGUCAGUACUGCAAAGCUGUCUUCGCCCAGUCCAUCGAGCUCUCGCGGCACGUGAGGACACACACGGGGGAUCGACCCUACGUGUGUCGGGAAUGCGGGAAAGGCCACAGCCAGGCCAGCGGCUUGACAGUCCACCUGCAGACCUUCCACAACCUGCCCCAGCCCCUGGACUGCCCCAAGUGCUGCCUCAGCUUCCAGACUUUGGAGGAGCACCAGAAGCACAACGAGGAGUUCCACCUGAAGGAGUUCCACAAGUGCCCCACGUGCGACAAAGUCUUCACCAGCGCCGCCCUGCUGGACAAACACAAGACCAUGCACACCGGACUCAAACCCUUUAUCUGCAACCUGUGCAACAAGUCGUACCAGCAACUGUCCGGGUUGUGGUACCACAACAGGACCAACCACCCUGAUGUGUUUACCAGCCAAACGCGGCAGCUGAAGACCCUGGUCCAGUGUGAUGUGUGCUUCAGGUUCUUCCCCAGUUCCUCUAGCUUGGCCAAACACAGGAAAGCUGAGCAUGAAGGCUCCGCAGCGUCCACCCUACACUGCCCGCACUGCCAAGAUGUGUUCGGCGGCCAUGAUGAGUUGCAGACUCACAUCAACUCCCAGCAUGAAAAAAGCAUCAAGCAUUGGAUCUGCCCGCUCUGCAGCCAGGUUAGCACCUCCCAGCCGGAGCUCCAGGAGCACCUCCUCUCCUGCCACAUGGAGGCCCAGCAGACGCAGGAGGAGGCCAGCCAAGAGCAAGCUCCCAACACACACACGACGGUCUCCGUACAGGAAGCCGAGGAUGUGGCGUGCGCCGAUGGGUCUCAGGUGGCCGUGGCCCAGCAGGUGUUUGUGGCUCUGGAUCCGCCUUCGGAGGUGGUGGAGGUCAACAUGUUUGAUCUCCUGAACAAUUCCGUCACCUUCAUUUGUGAAGACAAAGCAGCUGAUGUCUAGCGGACAGGAAGCAACCAAGUCAUUUCACUGUGUGACGCCGUUCUCGUCACGUCAGCAGGUACCUCCACAAGUACGCCCCCCGGGUCUCGUAGGAUUCACAAAGAUUCCGCCUCGGUCCUCGUACACUGUCUGGGUUUUUGUACACUUAAGAAAAUGUAAUUUUAACCGUGGAUACGUUUAAUUUUUUACAUACAUUUCACGUUGGGCUCGUUUCAGAGAGCGUUUUCUGACAUCCACUUCUUUCUUCGUCCUUUGUGUUGGCUAUCAGGGCCACCUUGGAAAAAAAUCUGAGAUUUUGGGACUAAAUAGCUCUUCAGGAAGGAAACCUUCCUCUUGCUUUAGCCAAGCUUUUAUUUAUUACAUGGCAGCAAAACAGAGCAGUGGAUUAGCAUGUUAGCAUAGCCCACUUCUGAAGAGUCAGGUUUUUCUUUUUUUUUUUGUUAUAGUUAACUCAGGAAUGAAAGUGUGAUUCUUAUAUUUGCAAUAAAUAUUUAAUUUUUGUCUAAAACAAUGCAGGAGCAGACAAUUCCAAUGUGGGCCCAAGCAGGUAUCAUUGUGUGAAUAAAUUAUAUAUGCAAAUUAGAGAUGCCACAAUAUAUAUUUUUUUCCAUGACCACUAUUGUAAACUAAACAGUAAAAAUCUGAAAUUUUCAGAAUAAAGGCGGAAAUUUACAACUUUAUUCUUAUUCUUAAAUAUUUUUGGAAAAAAAUUGACAUAUUUACAAUUUCCAUUGUAUUUUCUCAUUAAUUUGACUUUUCCCCCUCAUCAAUCCCAUCAAUUUAUCAUUUUUCUCGUCACGAUUCUUUUCUCGUAAAUUUAUGUCUUUAUUCUCGAAAUAUCAGAUUCCUGUUUAUCAUCGUUUUUAACAUUAGAGUCCUGUAAACAUGAAAUAACUGCCAUAUAAAGAAAAUGUAAAGGUGACUACCUUUACAUUUGUAUUACCGAAUAUAGUAGAUAUAACAAGAGAAACAUUAGGACUACAAUUCCACGUUAGCAGUUGUUUUUCUGGACAGAGUACUUCCGGGGUGGAUAUUGUCUCAGUGUAACGUAAUGGUACCUUUAAAUGGCUUUACACUCGCAUUGUCCAAUAUGGAGGAGAAAACAGGCCAUUUGAGAUGUAUUAUGUAUAAAAUAGAAUAAAUUCGUGUGUACGUGUUAGUAAAUGUGCACAGAAGAGAAGCCAUUUAAGACUUCAACGGCUGCUCGUGCGUACGUUUUUUCCCUCCCUCCAGUAUACUUCAGUACGCUCGUGCGUACGUGUCACAGUAAACGUGUUCCGUGUCCCACGGACAGGAAGUGAUGCCGUGUUUGCAAUACAGUAAUGCAUUCAGGCUCUCGCUUCUUGUCACCGUCUCACCGACACCUUGUGGCCAACUUAGAAUACUACAGUCAAUUCAUUUCAGAAGGCUUAUUCUUUCUUGUAUUUGGAUUUGUUAAUUUUGCUGUUUUGUGCUUGAAUAUACAUUUGUUGAGCCAUAAUGCGAGGGCGCUAUGCUAACGAGGGUCGACAGUAUUUCCAUGGGUACACUUCAGGAAGUGGACCUACUUCCGGUGUGUGAAUGUUGACUUACCUGUAAUGACGAUAUUUACCUAAAGACUUGAUUGA